AUGAUUUCAUCACAGCAUGCACCAGACGAGCGUGUAACCACAGGGAUAAAUCUGGUUUCCUCCAUCACUAAUCCUAUCCCAAUGAACAUGGAGAUAAGCAAAGAAACUCCCUCGGCAAAAACUGAAAUAAAAUCAAAAGACAUAACAAACACGACUAAGAGGAUGACUUUCCUAGACACCUUGGUAGCGGGUAACGAUGCUUAUAAGGAACCUGAAGGAAGCCAAGUCACAGUCCAAACAAAUAUGGCCUCCUAUGUAAACGAGGAUGAAACAAACAACUAUCCUAACUCGGAACUCUUGAUACCCAUUACCUCAUCGGACAAGGAUCAUACAUAUAAGAACUGGUCAAACGCUCUUAUUAUCAAAAUGUUUGGGAGGAGAAUAGGCUACCAAUUUCUCCAAAAAAAACUCCAUGCUAUAUGGAAACCAAUUGAAUACCUAUCCCUAAUAGACUUGGGAUGCGACUAUUAUCUAAUAAAAUUUACCAAAGAGGAAAAUUAUAACAAGGCCCUUCAUGAAGGUCCAUGGUUCAUAGGUAACCAAUUUCUUACAGUAAGAAAAUGGGAGCCUAGGUUCGUAGCAUCUAAAGCUGCCCUAACUUACUCAGCUAUAUGGGCAAGGCUUCCAGAACUACCCACAGAAUUUUAUGACUACGAGAUCCUUCAAAAAAUUGGACAGAAGCUGGGACAGCUAAUACGCAUUGAUGCUCGUCUUUGUGUUAUGGUACCUAUUGAAAAACCCCUUAAAACCUUUAUUGUGAUUGGUAAGCAUAUUCAACAAAUUUGCUACGAGGGCUUCAAUCUCUUAUGCACGAAUUGCGGCAGACUUGGCCAUAACGUCAACAAUUGCCCUCAUCAUUUACCAAAACCAGUAGAGGUUCAGGAAGCAAGUUCUUCCAACCCCAUGGCUAAGCCUCACAUGGUAGAUACACUAACCCAAGAAAUAAACCAAUGGACAAUAGUCUCACACUAA